AGUGCGGAGCGAGCGCCUCAAAUGCUGGGGUUUCUCAGCUGAUUGUCUCCAGCCGAGAGUUGUUUUUUGCAGCUACAGAGCCGAGCCGCAGCAGGAGGAGCCGAGACCCCCGGGGGGUGGGGGGAAAGAGAAGGCGGGGUCGAGGGGAGCCGCGGCUGCUCUGCGCUGGACUCCGGGUCCCGUCACGGCGCUUCCUGGGGUUAGAGGCUGGGGUGGGUGGGGGGUAAGGGGGCAGUCCUUCUCCCCUUCGACGGCGGCUCCGAGUCCAGCCCCUUCCUUCCCGCGCUCGCUCGCCCGGCCCCCAGCCCCCUCAUGAGGGUGUCCGUGCCGGGUCCGGCGGCCGCUGCCGCCCCCGCAGCCGGCCGCGAGCCUUCCACGCCCGGCGGGGGCGGCGGAGGCGGAGGCGCCGUCGCUGCCGCCUCAGGCGCCGCGGUGCCGGGCUCCGUGCAGUUGGCGCUGAGCGUCUUGCACGCCCUGCUCUACGCCGCGCUGUUCGCCUUUGCCUACCUGCAGCUGUGGCGGCUGCUCCUGUACCGCGAGCGGCGGCUGAGUUACCAGAGCCUCUGCCUCUUCCUCUGUCUCCUGUGGGCAGCGCUCAGGACCACCCUUUUCUCUGCCGCCUUCUCGCUCAGCGGCUCCCUGCCCUUGCUCCGGCCGCCCGCUCACCUGCACUUCUUCCCCCACUGGCUGCUCUACUGCUUCCCCUCCUGUCUCCAGUUCUCCACGCUCUGUCUCCUCAACCUCUACCUGGCGGAGGUUAUAUGUAAAGUCAGAUGUGCCACUGAACUUGACAGACACAAAAUUCUACUGCAUUUGGGCUUUAUAAUGGCAAGCCUGCUCUUUUUAGUGGUGAACUUGACUUGUGCAAUGCUAGUUCAUGGAGAUGUCCCAGAAAAUCAGUUGAAAUGGACUGUGUUUGUUCGAGCAUUAAUUAAUGAUAGCCUGUUUAUUCUUUGUGCCAUCUCUUUAGUUUGUUACAUAUGCAAAAUUACAAAAAUGUCAUCAGCUAAUGUCUACCUCGAAUCAAAGGGUAUGUCUCUGUGCCAGACUGUCGUCGUGGGCUCUGUAGUCAUUCUUCUCUACUCUUCCAGAGCUUGUUAUAAUUUGGUGGUGGUCACCAUAUCUCAGGAUACAUUAGAAAGUCCAUUUAAUUAUGGCUGGGAUAAUCUUUCAGAUAAGGCUCAUGUAGAAGAUAUAAGUGGAGAAGAGUAUAUAGUAUUUGGAAUGGUCCUCUUUCUGUGGGAACAUGUGCCAGCAUGGUCGGUGGUACUGUUUUUCCGGGCACAGAGAUUAAACCAGAAUUUGGCACCUGCUGGCAUGAUAAAUAGUCACAGUUAUAGUUCCAGAGCUUACUUUUUCGACAAUCCAAGACGCUAUGAUAGUGAUGAUGACCUGCCAAGACUGGGAAGUUCAAGAGAAGGAAGUUUACCAAAUUCGCAAAGUUUGGGCUGGUAUGGCACCAUGACUGGGUGUGGCAGCAGCAGUUACACAGUCACUCCCCACCUGAAUGGACCUGUGACAGAUACUGCUCCUUUGCUCUUUACUUGUAGUAAUUUAGAUUUGAACAAUCAUCAUAGCUUAUAUGUGACACCACAAAACUGACAGCAUCACCAAGUCAUGAUUCUUGAGUUGUUUUUCAUAAAUGUGAAUAUUCAAUGUGUUUAAAUUCCAUCUACAUAAACAUUCCAUUAUCUGUUGCAACUGAAAACAAAAUCUGGAAGUGUGAGUGUGUUUGGUAAACAACACAGCUAUUAUUUUUGACCUCUUCAUAGUAAAAUGAAGUAAAAUGGAAAGUUUGGAGUAGGAGAAAAGAGAGAUUAGAUCAUAAGGCACUUGAUGCUCCAAAAAUCCUGACUUCGGAACAUCAAAUGCAUAUGUGCACUUUUAUCUUUGUUCUGAGUCACUGCAGUCCCCAAAGUCAUAUGCCAAUGUUCACACUGGAAUACUGUAUUGUACACCAAACUGGAAGGCAAUUUUCCUAUGAAAAUCAAAGCCUGUAUAUUCAUUGGUAUGCUCUAUACAGAAAUCUUAAUAAAAAUUUUAUAGUGUGAACAGUGCACAGUUAAGACAUAAAAAUGUAUCAUUCUUUAUAAAAAUCUACUGAAAAUGUGUAAUCAUUGAAGACAGUUCUUUUAAGCAUGAUUUUAAAAUAGCGACUGAAAUUCAUUUUAAACAAAUAAUAGUAGUAAUCCAUUAGUUAUGGCCCGCAGUGUUCUUUGGAGAGCCACAAUAAUUUCAAGAGGAAAAUAUACCAGUGAAAAUUGUGUGGCUAUUUUGAGUAGAAUUGGUCAGUUGAUUAUUUUGUGUAAUUGAGAUAUAUGUAGUAGUUUAAGCAUGAUUCUUGAAGAAAGCAAUAGUGACUUUUGCAUAGGGAGAUUUUGGUAGAAACUUCUUGGGACUAAACAAGUUUAGAGAUGCAUUUAAGAAUUAUUCACAAAAUGUAUAAUUCUAAAUUAAAACAUAAAUAUAUUUUCAAAA